AUGUUAUCUGGACAGAAGAGAAAAAACAUCUGCCUGCAAUUUAUCUUUUCAAAAUCAGCGCAGAAUAUCAAAAAUGAUGAUGAUGAGGAAGGUGUAGUAAAUGUGCUUGAGGUAAAUGAUGAAAGCUACGAUGAGGCAUACGAGAAACCUCGCUUGUACAAUGUGGAGAAGUCUGUGAAUGCCAUGAAUCAAUGUCAGCGCUACUGCCACUUUGCCAGAUUUUUUAUUACUAGUGAUAACAACCACGAUGAUGAGGAUGAUGAAGUUAACACAGCCAAUAAAAAAACAGCAAAUAAUGACAAUGAAAUGGUGAAUAAUGAAAAUCAUUUUGAGGAAGAGGUUUAUGAAAGUUUGGAGAGAGAUCAAACACCUCCAUGUCUUUUACCCAGAGAUGAUCAGUCCAAUGCUCAAAAAUAUGCAAUCAAAAGAGUUUUGAAACUUUUAAAGAUGGAGAGAUCAAGAAAUGAGUUUAUAAAAAGAAAAUUGAGCCUAACACAAUUAGCUGAACAGUUUAGAAGAAUUAUGGCCACCGUUUAUUGGGACAAAUCUGUAGCAUCCUGGUUGCAUGGCAAACUUGUCAGCACCUUAUCUGAAGAACUUUUGGUCAUUUACAUUGAAAUACUUCAAUUAUUGAAGUCACAACUACCCAACUUGAUCGACACAAUGAUAGGAGACAAUUUGAAGCAUCUGAACGAGACAGCAGCUGAAGGCUUCAACUUACUUCUCAGUUCUCCCUGGCAGCCUGUCGACGUCAUCAAUCCAACCAAACGAAUUAUUGACCAGCCGGGCAUCAGCCAACCAAUCUUGAUUAAAAUUGAAAACAUCGAAGAUUCUGGCAGUGCAGCAUUGAAAAGGAGGUGGAGGUUUUGGGACAGCUACUUAUCUGACACUGCAAGGAUUUGUAACGUUCACUGCGUGGAAGGCUCCCACGCUAUUGCAUGUCAUGCAUCUAUUAAUCACAUUAGGAACCACAUGCAGAGGUUAAUGCACAAAGUUGUCAACAGAAUCAAAAAGGUAUCGAGCAAAGUUUUAGUGGAUGGAGUUAUCUGCCUAAAUUAUUCCUUCGAUAGAUCUGGCGACAAUCACCUGAUCGAUAUAACCACGCCUACUCUGUACAUUAUUGGUCAGCGUUCGAAAUAUAACUGCCCAGUUGAACGGAUAGAAUCUUACCGACAGAAAUAUGAUGUUGUGACUGGAUUAGUGCUUGUGGGCGGUGGAGAUGAUGACCUUGAGGUUGAUUUUCCACGUUUGAAAUACUACGAAAUCACGCAGACCAUUGUUGACAAGUGCAUUCUGGAAAAAGUUAAAGAUUUUAUUGCAUGCGUUUUACAUUCUAAAAACCGUUCUCUUAAUGAUUGA